AUUUCACUUAGUCUGAAUAACUCAAAGUCGCUUGAUAAUAUAUGCAGAAUAUCGACGAGACUCAAACAAAGAGAGAAAAAAGAAUAAUUCGUUAGAAAAUUAAAUGAGUUUCUAGAGAUCUUAUUGCGAUCAGACGUCAUUUGAAUCUACAUCUCUCCGUUGUUUUAUCCUAAAAUUUAACUAUUAGAACCCCAAUCAAGGUGCAUUACAAGAAAUAGAAGGAAGAUGAUUCCAAAGAAGGUCAGCGUUUCAUCAAAACCCAAAAACCCGUGGCCACUGCCGAGUCUUCGACUCGUUCUAGUCAGUGUGUCGCUAGCCAUCACUGUUGUGACUUGUGCGUUGAUCAUCUUCGUGGACGUGAGUGCACCGAACUUGGCAAGCAUAUUUCUCUCGCCAAUGUACUUCCCUCUCGGGCAGGGACUUCAACUGAAAGCCAGACGGUGGUCAACGAACAGGACAGAGUGCGCGAUUUAUUGUAAAGGCAAAGACGAGAAUCUCAGGCGAUUUGAGGGGCUACAGUGCGGCCAGGCCGUUUGGCAGAGUACGGCCAACAUCGAGGAGCAAGAUCGAUACGUAAAACGUAUUGCUACCAAUUAUGUGAUGUUCGAAAACGAGCUCGGCGCCUCGAACUAUUUUAGAGAUUAUUGGCACGAUAAAUUAAAAGAUCCUCUACCCACGAGCUUCUAUAUUGAGGAGACGGAGAAUGCUCCGCGUGCUGGCCAGGAGUUCCGGGCUUUCCGUUGGGACCCGGCAAGUGUGAAUGAGCCCUCCGCAUCCGUACGCAACUCUCCCUGGAACCACAAGGCUGCUUCAACUUCCAAACACAUGAUCUACAUCUUCAGGCAGGGCCGGAUAUUUGCGAGGCUACUGGUCCAGGGUUUCAACAACAGCAAGGAUCAACGUCUUGGGGUUGAAUUCGCUGGAAGACUCGCCGGUGUCAUGGCCGACCUGAUUAUGAGUAACGAGCCCACCCCCCUGCGUAAAUUUCUGCUCGAUGUCCAGUGGGGAGUUCGGUACUUUAUCCGAGCCACGCCUCUUCUUUGUGCACAGAAACUUUCUACUGCCUUGUCCAUACUAUCGUACUGGACCACAAAUCUACUCAACUGCACGUGGGAAUCUUUGAGAGUGUCGAUGAGACUGCAGCUUUUAGCCUUCUGGCGUCACGUGACAGGAUCCUGCGUGCGUGAUUUGCAUUUUUUCGGUGUAGCCAUGCUGCUCUUAAGUCUCCACAAGCUACACACUAUUCUUUUGGUGAGUUCCACGACAUGGACUAGAAAAUCUCAGCUUUUUGGUGAACAUCAUGUGGAAUCCAAGCCGUACGACCAGAUGGACUUGACGCAGGUUCGGUGCCAGAGCAUGUUGAUGAGCGCAAUCGAGCGAGCGCGCCGCCAGAACCUGCUCAACCAGGACCUGUUUCUGCAGACGAACUAAUCCUCUUGCUCUACAGGAUAGCAUUAUGAGGAAUAGCCCAGAAUGGAAAACAAAAACACAUCGCUUUUAUUGUGAAAAUGUCAAAGAUUUUAUCCAAAUUAAUUAUUAUCUUUAUUGUCUAUAAUAUGAAUAAAUUAUUUAUUGCCACAAA